AUGUCCUCUGUCAGUUCUGCAGCGGACUUUGAGGAAGACUUUGAGGAAGACUUUGAGGAAGACUGUGAGGAAGACUUUGAGGAAGACUGUGAGGAAGACUUUGAGGAAGACUGUGAGGAAGACUUUGAGGAAGACUGUGAGGAAGACUUUGAGGAAGACUGUGAGGAAGACUUUGAGGAAGACUGUGAGGAAGACUUUGAGGAAGACUGUGAGGAAGACUUUGAGGAAGACUUUGAGGAAGACUGUGAGGAAGACUGUGAGGAAGACUUUGAGGAAGACUUUGAGGAAGACUUUGAGGAAGACUUUGAGGAAGACUUUGAGGAAGACUGUGAGGAAGACUGUGAGGAAGAAGUAGUUCAGAGAUAUUAG